GAGUAGGAAUCUCAAGCACUGAACACGUAGUACGCAAGUAUGGAGAAUAUUCUAAUUUUCUUUUUAUUUUCUGUAUUUCUGUUUGGACAUAUUCAAUCCGAAAGUUUUAAUUUGUUAAAAUAUUACGAAAAUUCGGUGGAUGCUCUUAUUUCUGAUGGACUAAAAGAUACAAAAUAUUGUCAAUCAAUUUUGUUACCCACAGAACACAUAUUGAAAAAAACGCUAGACUCAACGUUUGUCAAAUCAAAAAGUGGUGCAGUGUUGAGUGAAGUUAAUCGUAUAGAUUUGUGUUGUCGUUCGCUUUAUAAAUGUAAUGCUCACAAAUACAACGAACUGAACCAAACCACUGCAUGGAACAGUGGAAUUCGCCACUGUGAAUGCGUUAAUUCGUUUAAAAUAUGCUUGAAGAGUCUAAAUACUUCAUUAUCAAAUAAAUUCGAUUUCAUUCACUCUAUAAAUACUACAAAAUGCUCUUCAAAUGAUCAUCCAAUCAUCAAGUGCACUGCAUUUGAAAAAUAUUCUGACAAAUUGUUGCAAUUAUCCAAAACUAUCAAUUCGAACAACAGAGAAAAAUACUUUAAACGUUGCAUUAAGUAUGAAUCGGACCAAAAUCGAGAAAAGCAAUUUCAAAUUUUCGAUAUGCCCUUCAAUGAAAACGAGAUGUUCACAACUAGAGUUUUUCUUUUAAAAGACCGUCAAUCAGUGUUAAAAGGAAUGAUUGUAGACAGUAAAAUUAUGGACGAAUUGGACAAACUCGACACGAACCAAAAAUUUAAAACCGAAAAAGAGGCCGCAAAAUUUGUUUUUAAGGUGAUGCAAAUCGUUUCAUCGAUCGGAUGCGAGGUUUUGGACACAUUUUUUGAAGAUAUGGGGUCGGGUAUUGAGGAAGUGAAAAAUCAUUACGAUGAAGAAGAACUCGAGGGAGGAUACACCAAAGUUCAGUUUGCCAUGAAGGUGACGGAAAUACUGAUCAAAGUGGCGUGUGAAAAUCUCAAUAUUAUCAAUGCCGGUAGCUCAAAACCACAACCAUUGCCAUUCCCAUUCAACUUCUAUGCUGGCAGCAACCCGAGCAUCAACAUUAACUGUCCACUGAACUAGGAAGAUGGAUCGCUGCGCUAGCCCAUUCGAAACAUUGAAUAAAUUGUUGAUUCGGAAAGCGUGCAAACUGCCAAACCAUUAAAUUUUCAAAAAUAGUUACAUUUAAUUAUAUUAGAAUUGUACAUGUAUAAUCUAGUAAAAACAAAAUAAAAUACAUUCUUUAUUCUAGAUAUACAAACACA